AUGUUGCGAGGUCUGGUGCGCAUCCUGGCGCUUCCUCCAUCCGCUGUACGUUGCAAAUCCACAGCCAAUCUGGACUACUCACGCUUUCCCACGCUUCAGGAGUCAGAGAUCGAGGAGACUUUCAUGCGAGGCAGUGGCCCUGGUGGCCAAGCGGUGAACAAGACCUCCAACUGUGUGUUUCUACGCCAUCUGCCAACCAACAUAACCAUCAAGUGUCAUACACAUCGUUUAGCUUCUAAAAAUCGAGUGGAGGCCAGGAAACUCCUCCUUGAGAAACUCGAUAACCAUCUGAAUGGAGAGCAUUCCAUUGCGGCCCAAAUAAAGGCCCAAGAGCAGAGGAAGUCCACAGAGCGGCGUCGGCGGCAGGGAAAACUGCAGGAAAUGAAGAAAAGCUGGCAGGAUAGAGAACGCACAGAUGGAGGAACCGAAACCACUGAUAAAUAGUCAAUAUCAAGAUUUUUUUACCAAUUUACAAUAUCUAAAACUUUUAUUUUUGAAACGGAAACGGUUACCAACUGGAGAAAUUACCGAAACCA